UGUGUGACAAAGUUAGAAUGUGCAAAUAGAUAAAGAUAGAAUUAAAUAAAUAAGCAGCGAUCACAUGCAUUGCUCCUGGUGCCUGGCAACCAGAUCUCUCCGUUGCCUAGGAAACAGUUGCUACAGAAUGUGAGGUGAUUGGCAACCACAUUUGACCUGCUUGGUUGGGUACUUUCACGUUAGCGUUCAGGAUAGGAUAUGACGUUAUUCAUCUCACCAAGGGGAAAUUCUUUAUUCUGCAGCAGGGGUAGACAACCACCAGAACAACACACAGAAACAGGACAAAUAACAAUAACAAACAGCUUUAAAUGUGCAAAGACACACAGGUACUUGGUGAAUUCAAAUGAAGAGUUGAGGAACACUUUGUACUUUAUUAAUAACAUCAGCUAAAUAGGAGAGAGGUGCUCACAGCUGCACUAGUACUGUGCCACGGUCCAGAACUCAUCAGCAGUAAAUGAACUACUAGGACCAGUAGGUAACAGCAGAAAAACCCAGUGAGUCCAACAGGUUCUGCAUUAGUUUCAGGUUCUGGCUGCAGUUGCUGGUUCUGCUUCCUGGCUGCAGCGGGACGAGCAACACCAGGAUGUUGGCCCCAUGGCUGAGCAGAACCAGCUUCAUGUACCAGUCAGCCCAGAGGUUCUGAUGAGCACAGCAGGAAUGAAAGGCUAUCUGCACUGCUACGGCGCGUGAAGCUGGUUCUGUUUCCUUCAUUGAGUCCGGAAGACGAGCUUCAUGCUCAAAUCUAAUUCUCUACAUUUGAAUUGGAUCAAAUCAUAAACUCAUUCUGUGCUUUCAGGUUGUGAUUGACCCACUGGGCCUGGUUCAGCUGGGUUCUGGCUCCACCUGGUGUCAAGUCCACUGAGUGGGUCUUUCCAACAAUGUAACAACAAACCAAAGGAUGAUUCACCCUUGACACAGUUAAUAGAGUCAUCUCUGGUCUGUGUCAGAGACACAAAGCAGACACGACUCAGUGACGGGACGGAGAUCGUCUGAACCAGAACCAUCAUCUCUGACUGUGGAGCUUAGCGUCAGGUGACGUGUUCCACCUGUUUAGACCCAGGUGAACACGUUCCGAAGUCUGUGUGACUGGUUGAGGCUCCCACUGCUGCAGCAUUCAGGUAAAACGGGUUCAGUACAAUCAUUAACACAGACUCGGGACAGUUCCUUCCUUCACCGAGGUUCCACCUGAACGAAGUUAUCAUCAACAAAGGGCCCAAACAGGAACCACUGGAGCAGAACCUGUCUGUCUGAUGGCUUGAACCAGCUCUACGUCACCCGUUUCCACCGUGUAAAGUUCGAUGACAGCUGUCGACGGGGUGAGUGAUGGACACCAGAGAGUUGGCCGUGGUGGCCGGCAGCUUCGUGGGUUUCCAGCUCCUGUUCUCGGUGGCCAGCCCCCGUCUUUCCUCCAGCAUCGUGGGUUACGGACAGCUGCCGCCCACCAAGCUCACAGAGUGGAACUCCAGGCUGGUGUCGACGGUGCACGCGCUGAUCGUGGGCCUGUUCUGCCUCUACAUCCUGUGGUUUGAUGACGUGGUCAACGCCAACCCGGUUUGGGGUGACCCGAGUCUGGUCAAGCUCAACGUGGCCAUCACCUGUGGGUACCUGCUGUACGACCUGGUGCUGCUGGCCUGUAACUGGAGCGCCAUGGGAGACGGCUUCUUUGUUUGCCACCACUUGGCGGCGCUGUACGCUUACGGAUAUGUGCUGACACGCGGAGUUCUUCCCUACUUCGCCAACUUUCGUCUGAUCUCGGAGCUUUCCACUCCGUUCGUGAACCAGAGGUGGUUCUUUGAGGCAUUAAAGUACCCGCGCUCACACCGGCUGGUGGUUCUGAAUGGGGUCGUCAUGGCGAUGGUCUUCUUCCUGGUGCGUAUAGCUGUCAUGCCGUCCUACUGGGCCAGCGUGCUGGCCACGUUCGGCACGCCGGACUUCGAGCGGCUGGGCCUCGGGGCACAGGUGGCCUGGAUCACGUCCUGCAUCGCGCUGGACAUCCUGAACACCGUGUGGAUGUACAAGAUCGCCCGCGGCUGCUACAAGGUCCUGACGGGCAGAGGAGGACGCAAGGUGAAGGAGGGAGCGGAGGAGCACGCAAACAGCCACACGGACUGACACCGGCCAGAACCAAGCAUCGUGGACCCACAGGGAGGAGAGGAGGACCCUCGCACCAGUCCGUCAGCUGGACCGGGCUCCAGCCGCUUUCACCCCCCAUAGCCCCGUCCUCUGAAGUGCCUGUGAAAGACAGGAAAGCAAUAAGAGUGGAGGAUGACGCCCCCAUCUCUCUCAAGACCCCCCCCCCCCCCCCCCCCACUCCUGGUUGUCUCCUGUCACUCAGACUCUGGCCCUUCCACCGUCACACCCACACAGUGUUUGAAACUAUAGGGCUCUGGUCUUAAACUCAUCAGACCUCAAAGAGACAGCAAACCACCAUAAUGCCUCUUCUACAGACUCACCUGCUGUGGCCUCCUGUCUGUAUCACCAGCCAUGCCCCUCCCAGCUCCUGACACUGACGAUAUGCAGCAGGACAGAGGACGGACCCUCAGCUCCUCCCAGCACACGGCUUCUCGCCUCUUGGUGUUUGUCCUGUGAAGCUCCAACGUGUCACUUCAUGUCGUCCUCAUCCAACCCUCUGCCUCACUGGACCGGCCAGGCUGUCCAGCUGGAACCUUUGGUUUUGUUCUACCUCACCCGGCCUUACAGACGCCAUCAGACCGCCGUCACUUCAUCGUCUUAUUUCUUAUUUCAGCCUUUGACCGCGUCGCUGCGUCAGUUGUGUCCCUCCUGCUGCCUGCAGUGAAAGCGCAGGAGACCGUUACAUGUCCACGUCGCUAGCGAAGGAGGAGGAGACUCCUCGUCUGUCUGUGGAUGUGUAGCGUAGCAUGCUAACGUGUGCCCUUCUAGUCACAGGGCGCCACUCCUCCUCUUGCAGAAUGUAAGCGAUGCGACAUUUUCCCGAUCCGUGAAUCCGCAUGAGAUCGAACCACGGCACGGUUCGACUGACACAUCUAUGCGAUGCCUUAGUGAAUAGUGUAGAUAGCUCAUCUAAGUAUGACUUGCAUCAGUCUAAAGCUGACAGCGUCUUGGUGUGAAUGCAUGUUUCUUGAUUCCUUUCCCUGCAUGUGGACCUCCAGCAGCAUGUGCUGUAUGAGCAGCUCACUUAUCGUCUCCACCGCCUGUGGCUGCACCUUUUUUUACAGAUUCAUCCAUUCUAGUCGCUAAUAACCACAGACAUGGUAUCAUGACAGACAGAGAUACAAGACGACAGACAGAUGCUAGCAGGCCUGUAUGAGUAAAGCUCAGUGGACGUCGGAGGAAGGGUUUCAUCUCAGUUGAAAACAUGCAUAAAUCGAGCAGAUCCAUAGUGUCCUGUCUUCCCUGAUCAUCACCUGAGACCUAAUGUGGGUCGUGGAUCCUGCAGAGCUGAGGAGCUUUUCUCUCUGCGUCCUGUGAAGGUCCUGAUGUAAAAUGUGUGUGGUUCCACAGAGAGGCUGUGGUGGAGCAUAAAGCACAAUCACUCAGUGAUCUCCUGUAUUUCUGUCUGUCAGCACUGAGGAGGGGCUACAGUAACUUGUGCCUUUACACACAUGGUGGAUGUGAUGCAGUCUUGUUGGAUUAGCAUGACCUUUCUAAUGUAAUGCCUCGUGAUUCUCUCUGUACAACGUCUAUACUCUGUAUAUAUUUUUAUAAUCUGCCUGCACAACGAUUAAUCCGGCCAAGUAUUUUAAUCCAAAGCCAAGCCUCUGGGAGCCUCCUGGUCCUCCGGGGUCCCGCAGUCUCCAUGAAUGUUGCACUGGGUUAUUUAGUGGCAUUAGGAAGUGAUGGGAUAUAUUUUGAUAUAAGCUACAGGUCCAGUGGUCGAUGGUUGGCUCAGCUUCCCAAACUUCAAACUGUGAAUAGUUGUAGAGUAAACCUGUGAAAUAAACGGAGCGGACGAUCACCUCCAACGCUGCAGGACGUCGCCUGGUUCUUCGUGAGCUGUUGAACUGGGAGUUUUUGUACUUUCUGGGAUUUUCUAGAUGUCCACGUUGUUUCUCCACACUACAAAUGAAGUGGAUGGUCGUUUGACGGGUUGCGUCGGUCGGAGCGCGCUGCCUUCGUUUCAACAAUCAUUACAUGGAAACGCGAGAAAACAGACGAGUUCACAAAUCGGUACUUUAGGUCGACUCUUCCAGGUUAGCUCCAUUUCCGAUCUAAUUAAAUGAGCUUGUGAUUCUACGUGUACGAUUUAAAAAUGGGCAAAUUUGAUCUCAGUUUAAUGUCUGAUACUAAACUUUGUUUCUUUUUAAUGAGAUUCAGUUUGUUGAUUCUUGUUUUCUGGAGGUUUUAAUGUGAAGCAGUCGACACCAGUGUCUGGGUCAGCGCUGACCACUAAUGAUCCUGUAACUUGUGCUGAGAGCUGAGACUUACUUGAAAGUGUUGUUCUUCAAUAAAGUUGAAGACAAAAUGAAA